CUAAUUCCUGGUCCAUAAAAUAGCCCUAGUAUCUCCUUCUCCUUUUGACAUAUAGCGACGGCAAUGGCUAAGAGAUCUAAGCGAUCGAUUCGAAGAAAAAACGAUAGGAUUAGCGACCUUCCUGAUCCAAUUCUCUGUCACAUUCUCUCUUUUCUUUCGACCAAAUUAGCAGUCAGCACAAGCAUCCUCUCAAAGAGAUGGAAACUAAUAUGGCUCUCUGUCCCCGCUCUUGACUUCAUGGAAACUCCCCCAUCCCAUGUUAUAGGUUCAGUUUUGCAAUCGCGAGACAUCAAAUUGCCAAUACUAUUAGCCCGGCACAGAUAUUUUUAUGACGAACCCAAAGUUUUGAACCAAUUCAUUUUAGCAGCAACACAGAGAGGAGUUCAAACCCUAGAACUUGACAUGGUGGGAGCCUAUUUUGAUAUGGUUGAAUCAGUUUCUAACGUACUCAGUUGUAAGACUCUUACUGUUCUCAAGUUGACGGACGUCGUGAUUCACGAUUACCUUCCUCAAAUAAAUGUUUCUUCUAUCAAAACUCUUCAUUUGUAUCGUAUUUGUUUUUUAAGAAAUCAAAAAUAUAAGCUCAGUUUUUUCUCAGCCUUACCCGUUCUAGAGGAAUUGCAUGUGAAUGAUCCAAUUGUAGUUCGUGGGAGCCAAUAUAUUCCACCACAAUCAGAGGAAAUCAAAGCAAUGAAUAAGUGUUUGCCCAAUUUGGUAAGGGCUAAUGUUUGUGACAUGGAACUUAUUCCGUUCUUCUCCUUUUCCCGGGAACUCAUUCUCAAUGUCAAGCAGCAAAUGCAGUCCGUCGCAGUGUGA